AUGCCUUCGGCGGACGUUGCCUCACAAUCUACACCACCCUUUAGACCGAAGUCCUGCCAUGUUCAGCUUGUGCCUUCUCAGAUUAGUACGCCUUUCCAAGGUGACCAUCGUCGUGCUUGUGUUGUGGCACUAAUUGCAUUUGUGAUAUGUAAGAAAGCCCAAAGGAGCCUCUGUCUUCAGAGUGCCAUUGACGUUUCCUUAUUGCAAGAACUAACGAAGCACGUUGCUGAAGUAGAACCUCUGGAUCUCUCUCUUUCUCUCUGCGAUGGAGUUUCGCGUUUCCGUUAUUUGGAGCCUCUUCCUCAUUGUCUCCUUCUUCUCUCCUCAAAUCAGGGUUCGUUUAUCUUUCUCAGUAAUCUCUUAAAUCUCGCGACCCCGUACGCACUCGAUGGCGGUUUCGAUCUAACGAUUUCCCCUUUCUUUGAUUCGGUUGUUUGGCAACCUUCACUGUUGCUUCAGGAUGUUGGGGCUGCUGUGUCAGUCUUGCUUGGCCUUUCUCCUCCUUCCACCCUUUCAGCCGCCAGCUCAUCCAAGUUGAAUGAGGUUCUGAGUCCCAACCCAUUCAAGAGGCCUCGUGCGGUGUUUUUGCUGGAAGUGAAAGGAAUCAAUGGCCUUGGGAAAGUUGUCCAGGAUAGUCCAAUGUUCAGCAAUUCAUUUCGGAGUAUAAAUUCUGAUAAAGUUGACAUUCAACUUUCAGACGAAAGGGAUAUUUCUGUGGUUUCUUUGGAUGAUCAGCUGGAAGACUGGACUGACAAAGAAAUCAGUGAUUUUUCAUCUUUGAUAGAUGGAUCAUAUGCUCCUGAUGCCGUUGUGCCAUUAAAUGGAGUGCUUUCCAUUCCAUUGUCAAAUGGUGCCUCAGUGAAUCUCCAUAUGUCGAAGGAAGCUGAAAGGAUGUUCGUGCUAGGUCUUAUGUCUCUUGUGCAGAAUGUCAGGACAGCAAUUCAAUUGCAUGAUGAUAUAUCACAGAGUACAAAUAGUCCUGCUGAGCUGAUAACAGGAUGCUUCAAUGGAAUUAAGGUUUUGCAAGAGCAAUAUGAAGCUGAAAGUAUAGCUGAGCAUGGAGUUGAAUUGCUAUAUGCAACUUUGUCAAAGAUAGUUAGUUCAUUGCAAGAAGCAUACAAAGGUCAAAUUGUUGGAAUAAUCUACUGUCAUGUCGCUUCUACACAAGAGUUUAAAAAGAAGUUUGAUGUAAUCUUUACUCCUCACCAUACUGCUCGAUGGUUGGCCGAAACAAGUACAGUGAAUGCAACAUUGCCAGAAGUAGUGCUGGUUAGGAGAACCCUUGCUUGGGUAACAGGAAUUAUAUUGCUCGUUUCAACCCUUAUGGGGAUAUGCUACCUCUUGAAUAUGCCGCUCACAAGGGACACGCUUCUGUAUUCUAAUGUCAAGCUUGACUAG